AUGCCUAAUUACUGCCAAAAGGAGAAACAAUGCCUAGAACAGCGCUACACUCCUGUGCCGGAGGACGGACAAUGGCGAAUGGCGCUGCACUCGGCGCCGGAGAACGGACGAGUACGAUAUUGUACCCUUCCACGCCGUCGGAUCUACACCUCGGCAAGGAUUGAAGAGUUCACUGACGGGUAUGCUGCAGUUACGGAACAAAAGGUCAAGGCGCGCAGAAGCGGAAAGUCCCUUCUCGGUAAGGCUAAGGUCUUAGGAAAGAAGGCAAAUGUCUUCAGUAUGGCCAUGUAUUGGGACCCCGUCCACAAGAAGAUGCGAACAGUUACCCUAGACCGGAAGGAUACUCAUGAUUUGGAGGCGUUGAAGGCAAUUAGCGAGAAUUCCCAACAAAUAUCGCCCGCCAUCCACACUGAUCGAGGUGGCAGCACUCAGCCUGCGCUCGUCUCGCCAGUCGAAGCUGGGCAGGCUGCCUCAAGCUCUAUGUAUGAUUUUCCAGGCGAGGAAGAAGAUACUAUCAUUGUGCGGGACCCGCCUCGGCGCGUAGACCAGGCAUCGCCAAUCUCUCCACAAAGAACAGUAUCCGAAGUCACCAUCGACGAAGACGCCUUGUGCCAGACACUAGAGGUCCAAGCCGAGCAGCCUGAGAUUGACUUGCAAGCCGUUGAAUAG